UUUUGGGCCCAACACCAGGCGAAUGAUAAACACAAAUUCAUUCCACUUAUCAAAGAGUAACCUUUCUCAUGAAUUUUUAAUUAAGUACUAUAGUUCUGCAAGUCGUGUAUCGAUGAGGGCACUAUCGUCUACCUCUGCUUCGGAGCAAACCAGUAGUGAGAAUGUGGCUCCUAUGGCUAAAGCUGAAGAUGAUGAAAUGGAAUUUAGUCGGGUGAAUUGCCUUGUUUGGGUAUUGCAUGAAUCUGCCAGGAGCUUUUCGCGUUCUGUUGAAUCGCUUGGAUUGGCUGGAAGUGGUGCAGAGCUUUCAAUGGCUUGGAAUGGGAAGGAUGUGAACGAGUGGCAUAAACGUAUUGCUUAUAGAUGAUAUCUAAGUUGAGUGGGGAUGGAACAUUCUUUAUGAAUUAUUAGAAGACAUGAGAAAAUGAACAAGAAUCAUUGACUCGUAUGGCUCUUCAGGUAGUAGUUUAUGCUUUGUUAAAAGUGGCAAUUGAAGUGGAGAUUUUGCUCUCUCAUGAUCGUCACAACAAUGCAGCUCCUGUUAAUGACAUCUUGGCCCCGAAGAUAAAUGCUAUGAGAGAGUACAUCGAAAGUCAAUUAAGCAUAAGGCAUUCAGAAUUGGUACAAUGGUUUAGGAUAGUGGAAUUACCUCGUAUUGAAGGAUUUUUCAGUUCUUUAUUAAAGAAGUGGUCAAUGGAAUAUGCUGGAAGUGGUGUUGCAGGGAUCAUUGUGGCGAUAAGCUGCUGUGCUGCAGUAGGCAAACUGGGUCCUGAGCGCAUUGUCUGUCCCACAUUUAAAAUGUCGAUUGAGGAUGUAUCAGUAGAGCUAAUGAAUAUUUCAGGGAGUUUUGUACCGGUGGACAAGCUGCAUCAAUUAGCAACUGAGGCAGGAUUUGAACCUGACUUCCUAUCCCACUUUGGUAAAAAGGUUCUUCUGGACAAAAACACCGAGGAACUUGAAUUUUGGAUUGGAUUAGCUCAGAAGAAGCUGUCAAUUGCCUUCUACAGAGAAGGAUUACUUUGUGGGACCAAAAAUUUACAUGAAAAGGUUCAAGCAGAUAGUUUGGCUAAUUUAGGACUUUUUGCAUAUCUGGGAAGGAUGACUAGAUUAUUCUUGUCAAGUAAAGGAAUAAAAGAUGUUGAUGAGAUGGUUAAGGACUUCCUCAGCUAUUUGGAGUGUGGCAUUCUUUUCAUUUACCCUGAGUUUUCUUCCAUAUCAGUGUAUCAACACUUCAUGGAGAUAGUAACUGAUGAAAUCGGCUGGCUUGACUUUUAUGCUGCAUUUCCUUCCAUGUGCAAUCAAGAGAGAAGGUCCAAACAUCAUGCUAUUCAAGCAGAGAAAGAAAUUAUUCUAUCCAAUGUUUUUGCUGUUUGCUAUGACGUGUUCUCUGGGUUUGCUCACUUCAGUCGUUCUACUCAACAAACCCUAGAUGCAGAAUUGCUAGCUUUCUUACUCCGAAGCCAAAGCCUGCUUACUAUUUGUCUAGAUGACUACUGGGCUGCAUAUGAUAGAUCAAGUACUGGGCUGCUAAAGAUUGCAGAAACAGGUGCCUCUGACCACAUACCUACUGUGGGAACUAAAGGCACAACCAGGCUCUCUGCACCACAGGAGGGAAAACAAAGACGCUAUGAGUUGUUGACACACAGAAAUAUGGAGAAUAAAUCUCAACAUCCAUCAAAUGUGAGAAAGGCCAUGAGCUCAGCUGAGGCAGGUGCAAUAGAUUUUAUGGAGGAUACCAGCAGUGGCAAAACCAAUUCCAUGCAGGAGAGCUUAGUACGGAAAUACAGCAUCAAGUUGAUGUCUACUAGCUCAGAUGUAUGGAUGGGUACUCAAUUGCUCUUUAUAGACAUAUCUAUGUCUCUAGAGUUACUCCUAAAGCAGUUGCAUGGCUACAAGGUUACAAUGAGAGAGCGAAAGAAGUUGAAAAGAACCCUAAAUGACAUUGCUACACUCAUCCCAAUUACGAUUCUAAUGCUGCUUCCUGUAUCAGCUGUAGGCCAUGCCGCAAUGCUAGCAGCUAUCAAGAAGUAUAUGCCAUCUAUGAUCCCUUCUCCGUAUUCUUCUGAGCGACUGGAUGUUGUGAAACAAUUAGAGAGAACCAAGAAGAUGGAAGUUCAGUCAUGGGGCAACCUUGAAGAUCCUUCGACAAUGUCAUAAGUGAUUGUUCAUACUAACCCUAUUGUCUAAUAAAUUUUGUGCAAUAGCAGCUUAUUCUUUGCUAUAUAUGUGCAGAAUCAUGAAAAAUUCUUUACUUCACCUUCAAAAUUUGUGAAUAUUUGGAUGCAUGCGUAUACGCCAAGAUUCAUAAUGUAACUCUUUGUAUGUAUAGUUCGUCAAAGUGAUUCUUGUUCAUCUACACUUGAUUCAAAUGCA